UAUGGCUAUUACACACAAUUGUAUUUCUGUUCGUUCCAGCUCCUAACAGACACCUGCUCUUUGGAAACUCUCUUUCCUGAGAUGUUGGGCUUUGUUGGAGAGUGUAUUUUGGAACCUCUGUCUUUGCCAGAAAGUCCAGGUGGUGUUGUUGCUGUAGAAAGUUCUCCAUCUGCGCCUUGCAUUUUUUGUGAAGAAUAUUAUCCUUUAUCAGAACAAGACCAACUUUUGAAGCACAUGAUUAUUGAACACAAGCUUGUCAUAGCGGAUGUCAGGCUGGUUGCAGAUUUUGAAAGGUACGUUUUGUAUUGGAAGAAGAGAUUCACAGAGCAGCCCAUCACCGACUUCUGUAGUGUGAUAAGAACAAAUUCAGAAGCUCCAUUAGAGGAACAGGAUAAUUAUUUUCUUUUAUGUGACGUUUUACCAGAAGACCGAUUACUAAGAGAACAGCUCCAGCAAAAGAGACUGAGAGAAAUUCUGGAGCAGCAACAGCGGGAGAGAUAUGACACAACCUUUUGUAGUACAUGCCUGUUCUGUGACACAGAAUUCACAGGAAAUAGGUCUGUCCUUUUCAAUCACAUGGCAAGAGAGCAUGCUUUUAAUGUUGGGCUACCAGAUAACAUAGUAAACUGUAAUGAAUUUUUGGCUGUCUUGCAAAAGAAACUUGACAGCUUGCAGUGUUUAUAUUGUGAAAGAACCUUCAGAGACAAAAACACACUUAAGGAUCACAUGAGAAAGAAGCAGCAUCGCAAAAUCAAUGCCAAAAAUAGGGAAUAUGACAGAUUUUAUAUCAUUAAUUACUUGGAAUUUGGGAAAUCCUGGGAAGAAGUUCAAUCAGAGGAUGAUCGAGACUUGCUAGAUAACCCAGAAGAAGACUGGUCUGACUGGGAAGAGCAUCCCGUGCAUGCUGUUUGUCUAUUUUGUGAACAGCAAGUGGACACCACAGAAAAAUUACAUCUCCACAUGCAAGAAGCACAUGGAUUUGACCUUCUUAAAAUAAAAUCAGAGAAUGGUUUAAAGUUUUAUCAGCAAGUGAAGCUGGUGAACUUCAUCAGAAGGCAAAUCCACCAGAGUCGCUGCUACAGCUGCCAGGAGAAAUUUCAAUCUAAGAUUGAAUUAAUAAGCCAUAUGGAAGAGACCAAACACAUUACAUUCCUGCCAGCCACAUCUACGUGGGAUCAACCACAGUAUUAUUUUCCUACCUAUGAAAAUGACACACUUCUGUGUGCAUUGUCAGACAGUGAAGAUGAACUGACAGCUGAGAACCAAAAAGAAGAAAUCCCUGUCAUUAGUGAAGAUAUUUCUAGCCUGAAGGCUCUGAAACAGAGUAGCAUUUUAAACCAGCUGCUGUGUGAAGAGAACAGCAAUUAAGGGAAGCUUUGACAUUGAGAGAGACACUUACUAAUCUGCAGGCAUUUUACCUGCAAGGCAAAAAUCGUUGGAUUUCACCUAACAUACUAGUGCAAUUUAACUCACGACAGGUACAGACUGAUUUUUAAACAAAUGGGAAUAUCAAAUAAAUAAAAAUUACAUGUAAACCUAUACUUCUUUUCUUGAUUGUUGCUACUUUGCUUUUAAAUUCAUGUGGUAUUUAUCCAUUUAGGUCUCAGAAGCCUAUUUUCAUGUUUUUGUAUGUAGUUUUCCUUUUCUUUGUGAACAUCUAUCACAACUGUUUUAUUUUAAACUAGACAUGGACCCCUGAGAGAACCCAGCUUGCCAUAUGAAAGACUGAAUUCUCUUAUAUAUGGCUGCUGGAAACCAGAUGGAAAGCAACUUGACUUCAGUAUGUAUUCUAGUCUUUCAAAUGGAUUCCCAGAUUUUAACUUUAAGCCUUGAAAAUGAACACAGGCCCAUAUCUUCCUAAUCUGUAUUCCUCCUACAUCUUAUUGGCCCUUUGCAAUCUUGGGCUUUGACUCUAACAGCUGCCCUAUAUAAGAAGACACCUGUGCCUGCCCCAGCAGCUUUAAUAGGGUUUUAUUUGGCCCUGUCACCUGCUAACGUGUGGCAUUUGGCAGAAUGAGAGCCUCAGUGUAAACCUGUAACGAAUGCUAUCUUGUUUGUUCCUAGGACUUUCAAGAAUUAAAAGUAUUAAACUCUUCA